UUUCCCCACGAGCCACUCUCUUCCCCGUCUUUUUCCCCCUUCCUGUUGAAUGGCCGCCACCGCUACUACCACCAUCGUGUUGGGCUCCCUCAUACCGCAGCUGCAACACACUCCACGGGUCUCCCCAACACUUUCUGCAAGGCACCCAUCUGCUCUUCAGUCUCACCCUUUUUCCCAUCUUUCACAUUCAUUUUCAUUUCUUCAACUGAAGGAUAUCCCAGUCAGAAGAAGCCCUUGCCAAAGACUCCCUUGUACAGUGCAAGAAGCAGAGGCUGUUGCGACAGGGGGGCACAGAGUUCCGUAGAAGAUGACUCAGAAGCUGCAGAGCAGAAAAGUGCGUGGACGGCAAGGAAGAGGCUAUACGCCGAGAACCUGCCACUUAGUUUGACAGAGGCAGACAUCCGAAGUCUUUUCGAGCAAUGUGGUACUGUGAAGAAAGUGGAGUUAGUAAAGCACAAGGAUGGGAAGAGCAGAGGAUUCUCAUUCAUCACCCUGUCUACUCCAGAUGAGGCUUUUUCCGCUAUUGACAAGCUCGAUUCCAUUGAAAUAGGGGGACGAAUUAUUAGAGUAUCAUACGCCAAGACAGCGAAGAAGCCACCGACUGCAAAACCUACAGCUGUUGAGACGCGGCACAAGAUUUAUGCUUCAAAUUUAGCUUGGAAAGUGAGAUCUAGUCAUUUAAGAGAAUUCUUCAUGGCCAACAGCAAUCCUGUUUCUGCAAAAGUGGUUUUCGAUAGUCCAUCAGGGAAAUCUGCUGGAUAUGGCUUCGUUUCUUUUGCUACCAAAGAAGAAGCAGAGGCCGCUGCUCUUGCACUAGACGGGAAGGAAUUGAUGGGAAGGCCACUUCGGCUUAAAAUAAGUCGGGAUCUUCAAACCAACCCUGAAGAUGUGGCAAACAAGCCAGAUAACGUCAGUGAAAGUUCCAAAGUGAAGGAACCCGAAUCCUGAACCGUGAUUCUGCCUCUUUUUGCUGGCCCCUCGUGUGCAAUGCAAGUCUGAUGCCCUGAAAAUGUGCCAUUGCUUAGCUCUUUUUGCCCCUCUCUCCCUCACUUUGAGAUUCGAUGCCUGAAUCUGUCAAGGCAGAUGACCUUAGCUUCUGCAUAGUGCAUAAAGGACCUUAGUCAUUUGAUAUUUACUUGUGCAAUAUAAUGGGAAUGGUAGCAUGUGCUGUAAAAGCCAGCCUCUGAUGUGGCCAUAAUAUUGGAGAAUUCAUCUAAAUCAAGGAGUAAGCAAUCUGAAAAAUGAAAAUUGAGUAUAAUUAAUCAUUGACU